CCUGCACGAAGGAAACCUUGAGCAACUCCUGGCACCCACCUGCCACCAGCCUGAAACGGCCGGCUGCUGCGAUGAUAGCGCAAGGAUUCAUUCCAUUACGGCAUGGAGCCAGGCUGUGGAGGGUGACUCGGGGGCUGCGCCUGCCAUGCUGAUGGCGGUGCUGGGCAACCCCUCCUUGCAGGCAAAGCGGUCACAUGCAUCAGGCCCUCCCGUUUCGCCGCGUGGGCGACCGGGCGGUGUGGGCUCCUUGCUCGCAUACAGCUCCAUCGGAGGCUGCGAGAACUGCCUGCCGUUCAGCACAGCGGCAGAGCACAUCACCGCUGCUGCUGUGGACCGCUCCUCACGCACCCUCUACACGGGCCACGGCGACGGCAGCAUCAUGGCGUGCUCGCACGCUCGGCCGGGCAUGCCGCCCGAGACAUUUGCAUGCACUAAUGCUGCCGUCACCGCUGUAUGCGUGGAGGCCACCGGGAAGCUCUGGAUCGGGGACAGCAAAGGACGGAUCAUCUCGUACCAGGUCGAGCCGUUUGCCGCGGAGGUGCUGCAGCCGUUUGAGGAGGCUGGCGGUGGCAGCACGGGCGCAGGGUAUGGUACGCAUGCAGAGAUGAAAGCCUUCGGCUGCGGAGGCGGGCUGGCCUGUGGGCUGAGAUCCGCCGAUCGUAGCAAGGCUGGCGCCAUGGGCGGCCAGCAGGCCGUGGUAGCCAUUAUUUCCUAUCAGGGCUUUAUCAUGGGAUCCAGCGACGGGGGCAGCCUGUGCCUCAUCAGCUCCUCCGACCAGCGGGUCCGUGCGGUCACCACAAACACAGACUACGGCUACAUGACGGCCCUGGCGGUGCUGCCAUGGCCUGCCGGAGCGCAGACAAACGCACAUGGCACGGCGUCUGCCGUACAGCAGGGGGCGCUGCCUGACAAUAAGGCACCUGCGAAAGCAGGGAACGGCGCUGCCGGACGUGAACCCGAGACUGCAGGUUGCGCGAGUGCGAACGGCGCUACUGCGCCUCCGUGUAGCUUCAACGCCGUCAGUCUAGACGCCAGCAGCAUGCAGCGGAUAUCGCAGGAGGAGCAGCAGAGCAGGAGUGGCAAGCAGGAUUGGCAUGAGCAGGAGGCUACGGAACAGGAGGUAGCGGCCCAUGCAGGGGGCGGGCUAGCCGCUGUGGGCCGGCGGGAUGACC